UGGAAAAUUUCAAAAGGACUCCUCCGGCCGCGAAAUCCUUUAGUUCGCCAUCGACGUUCACCCCAUCCGUGUCGCAUCGUAUUUUAAUGAGUGAGAGGAAGCCGUAAGAUCGUGUACGAUAACGGCUGCAUAUGAAUAACUGACGUCACUGACGGCCAAAGACACGGCGGAAUUACGUCAGGGAGAAGAUCGCGAGGAGAGAAAAAAGAAAAACUAACGCAGACGGAAACUCCCGGACCGACAUUUAUAUGGACCAAGUUAUCGCAAGGAUCUACAGUGUUGACUGAACCUCGUAACAAUUAUUCGAGGACGGACAGCGUAAUCCUGAUUUUAUUGAGACAGUUACAGGACCUCAGACAGAUAAGGAAAAUCGGCAGGCGCGGAUAUUCAAGUUUGUGAAUUAAUCAGCUGAUGUACCGGAAACUCGAGAUGCUCGGUACUGUAAGAAUGCGGGGGCAACGAUACGCGAGCACGUCGACGUCAGGAUAAUGAACAUCGACGGGCAAUCUGGAGAAGUGAUAGGGAAUAAUCAUGCAGCCCGAGGAGUUUUUCGCAACGCAACGUGCGCAUGGCACGUUGAAUUUUCCGACACACGCGACCCCGCUGCUCCACCGAUCGAGGUUCGAAGGGUCGAUCGAAUCCAAGAAGAUGAUAACGAUUGAUGAAUCGGCGGCGGCGGCGGCGGCGGCGGCGGCGGCGGCGGGAGCGGACAUACAAAGUCGUAUCGGACACGUCAACGGUAUACUUUAUUUGUAUGGAACACCGCCGCUGAUCCUUUUCUGCGUUAUUUCGAUCGCCAUAAAUAUCAAGGUUCUUAUGAGCGUAUUUUGGAUCAAACGGCCGCUCAGUCCAACCUUACACAUCAGCUUGAGUCUGGCAGGCGCGGACGCUUUUUCCAGCACUGCUCUGGGCAUAGGACUGAUCAUGAAUAGUUUUAUACCUUAUGGUCUUGGAAUUGAAUUAAAAGGCGUAAGCUGUUUCCUAUUGGCACUUGAAGCAGUAAGAUUGGGAGGCGUGAUAAUCACUGUCUUUCAUCUGAUGGCUCUAGCCAUCAAUCACUACUUAGGCAUCCUCAAACCUCUUCAUUAUCUUUCAAUUAUGACAUACAGAAAUACUACGUUUCUCUUGGUCCUGCUGUGGGUGCUACCAAUCUUCUUCUUCGCGCUGUAUUUUAGUUUAAUCGAAAAUGAAGGUUUCCAGUCCGUAGGGUGCGAGAAGAACGCGUUCUUAUAUCACAAGCAAUUUCGAAUGUUAUUCAGCAGCCUCUUCUUCGGGCCGUUCGCCUUGAUGGUUUGCAUUUACGUUCACAUAUUUUGCAUAGUAAAGAAACAUCAAGCCACGAGACUGCGUUUUCGCAGAACGGGAUCAUCUUUUCGCCCGAGAGCAUCGGAAGCGUUACGUAGCACUUCCAGGCAGAUGGCGAAAAACGUCAAAGCGGUCCACACAACUUUGUUCAUACUUGGAAGCUUCCUGAUCGGCUGGAUGCCCGGAGUAAUAAUGUACAUGCUCGUAUGCGAGGACUGUCUGCUGCAAUUUAAUUGGCUAUCAGGACACAGCACAUUCUUCAUUUACACGAUAAUCAACUGUCUAAUAAUCCUGAAGACCUUGGUGAAUCCAAUUAUUUACGCCGCCCGAAUGCACGAAAUUAAGGCAGCCACAAGGCGAAUGCGCAACUCCUUCUGCGAAUGGGUGACAGCGCUCACCGGUUUUACCACCAAUCGGGGUAUCAAUAGAGUUCAUAGCAGCGAAAAAACACGAAGCAGACAUUCCCAGUCGAGGAAUGGAACUUGUCGAUCUUCGCAUAACGUCAGCGUUCAAAGAGCUCGAAACGGGAGCACUUACACUUGUACGGUUUGUAACGUACGCGAAUGUGGCAAUACACUCGUGUAAAUGUGAGAAACGCUGCGAAAAUAUUUUCUUGUGUUUCUGAACGUUUGUGCAAACAUGAGUCGGCAUGAUCAGCGCUGAAAGAGCGAUAUAAUGGCUACGACAACAUUUUGGUAGCGUAUUAAAAUUCGUAUUAAUUCUUCCUGUUCCACAUUUCCCACACUUUAGUUUAAAAGUUGUUGUAAUAACUGUCUCUCAAGUUAACGCAUCGUUGUAACCGUAUUUUGUAAUUCAUACAACGGACCCAAACCGACUUUUAUGAACAUUAAACGUGAUAAAAGUUUUUUCCUUAA